UUGUCUAGAUAGACCAGAGAGUGAGAUAGAGUUGGCAAUGCUGUUUGUAGAUGUCAAAUAUCAGUUUUUUUAUGUCAUUUUCAUUAUCUAAUUUGACAAUUAAAAUCUUUCAUAGAUGCCGGUUUUUUGAAGGAGAUAAAAAUUUAAUUUUUUUAUUACGCAAACGUGAUAGUCUUUUAGAAGAUAAAUGUUACUGUGAUAAAUAUCAUACAAUAAAGCAAAUCAUUGUGUGAAGAUAUUUGUAUACUUUCAGACCUAUUUUUUUCACAAAAUGUCGCUAAGAGCCAUUAUUUAUAACCAAGAAACAAAUAAUUUAGAAAUAUUAGACCAGCUUCUUUUACCAGCCGCAACUAAAUACUUGAAAGUUAGAGGGGUAGAAGAUGGAUGGAAAGUUAUCAAUAAAAUGCAAGUUCGUGGUGCUCCAGCUAUAGCAAUUGUUGGCUGUUUGAGUUUAGUGGUUGAAAUACAGAAUGAAAAAUUUGAGUCAAAAAAACAGCUCAGGCAAGAAGUGGAAGGGAAAUUAAAUUACUUAGUUUCUUCACGGCCAACAGCAGUAAACAUGAAGUCUGCUGCUGAAGAACUGAUUGAAUUAGCUAAUCAGUUAAGCAAAGAUGAGGCUGUUAGUCUAGAGGAUAUGAAAACUAAGUUCCUAACAACAAUUCGACAGAUGUUGGAAAAGGAUAUUGCUGAUAAUACAGCAAUAGGUGAUAAUGGUGCCAAAGAAAUUUUAUCCUUAGUGUCUGGUGAUAGUCCAGUUCGAAUCAUAACUCAUUGUAAUACAGGAUCUUUAGCUACAGCUGGAUAUGGGACUGCGCUAGGAGUAAUCAGAAGUUUAAAUACAAUGAAGCGAUUAGAACAUGUGUAUUGCACAGAAACACGACCAUAUAACCAAGGGGCAAGGCUUACAGCUUAUGAAUUAAUUCAUGAAAAAAUACCAGCAACUCUAAUUUGUGAUAGUAUGGUAGCAGCCUUAAUGAAGACUAGAAAUAUAUCUGCAGUAGUUGUUGGAGCUGAUCGAGUAGCUGCUAAUGGUGAUACCGCAAACAAAAUCGGAACGUAUCAAAUAGCUGUUGUGGCAAAAUAUCACCGAGUGCCAUUUUUUGUGGCGGCACCAUUCACCUCAAUAGAUGCCAAAAUUUCAAGUGGUGAGCAUAUCGUCAUUGAAGAACGACCUGAUAGAGAAAUGACACACGUCGGCGAGCAUAGAAUUGCUGCUAAAGGUAUUCAGUGUUGGAAUCCAGCUUUUGAUGUAACACCCGCAUCUCUUAUUGCCGGAAUUAUAACGGAGAAGGGGGUGUUUAAACCAGAACAGCUGAAAGAGGCGUUGAGCACGAUCACCAAUUGAGAUACGAAACUUAUAAGUAUUCUAUAUUUAACAAAUCGACUAUUUUUGGAUGAUUUUUACCGAUUGUUAAAUUAAUUUUACAAGAUAGAGUAUUUAUUUAAACAUAUAUUAAAGAGUCAUUGAAUAGUAUUUUUUACCGAUUCAAACAAUUUUGAUACAUUAUUUUUAUUAUAAAUACGAUUUGAUUCUUACAGGAUUUUGAUAUUUCAAUGUUCAGACGCACAACUAUUUUAAUAUACUGUCUAAAAAGACUUUCGAUUGUUACAGAUUUAAAUUGAUGAUUUUUUAUAUAUGUAGCUUUAUAGCAUUUCAUAUUCCAUUAUGAAAAAUUAGAAAGUACUUUUUCAUAUUAUGUUUCAUUCAUUUUCCUGAUUGUGUCAUUCCUGUAAAUUGUUAAUGUUUUUGUCUAAAAUAUAACUGGUAUUAUU